CUCUGUUCCUUCCUCUCCUGUCUGCCGCUGAUAGUGGUGGAAGAUGGCGGCUUCGUGAAUAGGGAGGGACCGGCCUGAGCUCCGGGACACACGGGGCCCACCUGGCUGGGAGAGGCUCAGAGAACCCCGGGGGCCGCACCGUGAGCAGGUAAGACCGGGGCCCCUGUCUGUCUGUCUGUCUGUCUGUCUGUCACACACACACAGAGUCUGUCUAUAGAGAGUUUGUCUGUGUGUCACACAGUCUGUCUGUAGGGGGUCUGUGUGUCACACAGUCUGUCUGUGGGGGGUCUGUGUGUCACACAGGGUCUGUCUGUAGGGGGUCUGUGUGUCACACAGUCUGUCUGUAGGGGGUCUGUGUGUCACACAGCCUGUCUGUAGGGGGUCUGUGUAUCACACAGUCUGUCUGUAGGGGGUCUGUGUGUCACACAGGGUCUGUCUGUAGGGGGUCUGUGUGUCACACAGUCUGUCUGUGGGGGGUCUGUGUGUCACACAGUCUGUCUGUAGGGGGUCUGUGUGUCACACAGCCUGUCUGUAGGGGGUCUGUGUGUCACACAGUCUGUCUGUAGGGGGUCUGUGUGUCACACAGGGCCUGUCUGUAGGGGGUCUGUGUGUCACACAGCCUGUCUGUAGGGGGUCUGUGUGUCACACAGCCUGUCUGUAGGGGGUCUGUGUGUCACACAGUCUGUCUGUAGGGGGUCUGUGUGUCACACAGGGCCUGUCUGUAGGGGGUCUGUGUGUCACACAGGGCCUGUCUGUAGGGGGUCUGUGUGUCACACAGGGCCUGUCUGUAGGGGGUCUGUGUGUCACACAGGGUCUGUCUGUAGGGGGUAUGUGUGUCUGUGUGUCACACAGGGUCUGUCUGUAGGGGGUCUGUGUGUCACACAGGGUCUGUCUGUAGGGGGUCUGUGUGUCACACAGGGUCGGUCUGUAGGGGGUCUGUGUGUCACACAGUCUGUCUGUAGAGGGUCUGUGUGUCACACAGAGUCUGUCUGUAGGGGGUCUGUGUGUCACACAGAGUCUGUCUGUAGGGGGUCUGUGUGUCACACAGGUUCUGUCUGUGUGUCACACAGGGUCUGUCUAUUGCGAUCCUUUAUAGAAAUUAGUACGGCCCUCUAGGAUACAAACAUGCACAGUCUUUUGAAGAAACAUAAAUCCAGGCACUGUUGAAAUUCACCAUGGAGACAGCAGCAAAUGAAAGAAACAAUAAUGUAACAGAAAUCCCUGUAAACAAAAUCCUAGCUCGUCUGAGCGCUUACUAACAUCAAAUUCCCUAUCUCUCAAGGGUUACACUAUAACAAAAACAAUUCAGGUUUCACCAACCUAGUGUCUUGUCAACGCUCUGCACUUCCAGUGCUCAGUCAGCCUGCUGCUUCCAGCCCUCCAAGGGAGAAACAAAAAUCUCCAUUUACCUACCUAGCAGGGAGAGGUUUAUUCCCACUGCUGCAGCUGAUUACUUUCAGCUGAGCAGUGGGUUGGAGACCGUCCAAAGCUCUGGCCUGGACCUUAUUUCUCUCAGUUGUGUAAAAACGGAGGAGUGGAGCUCUGGCCUGCCCUACUCUCUGAAUGCUCCACCCCAGGGGCCCACAUCUAAACAUUAAUUUAAGCGGUAUACACACACAACACAUACUCCCCCUGGGGUAAAUGUCAUAUGCCUCUCUGAACAAUGUAGUGGAACUAUAAACUCCCUCACAAACCACACCAUUCACCUUAUCACACUAUGUAGAGUCUGUCAUUCUGUCUGUAGAGUGCCUGUCAGUCAUUAAAUUAAACUCAAGAAGGUCUGUCAAUCGCUGUUUGUCUCUGGAGGGUCUGUCAGUCAUUGAGCGUGUCUCUGGAGGGUCUGUCAGUCAUUGAGCGUGUCUCUGGAGGGUCUGUCAGUCACUGAGCGUGUCUCUGGAGGGUCUGUCAGUCACUGAGCGUGUCUCUGGAGGGUCUGUCAGUCACUGAGCGUGUCUCGGAGGGUCCAUAGAAUUACUGGCUGUCUCUGGAGGUCUGUCAAUGGUCCACUGCGCGUGUCUCUGGAGGGACUGUCAGUCACUGCGCGUGUCUCUGGAGGGACUGUCAGUCACUGCGCGUGUCUCUGGAGGGUCUGUCAGUCACUGCGCGUGUCUCUGGAGGGUCUGUCAGUCACUGAGCGUGUCUCUGGAGGGUCUGUCAGUCACUGCGCGUGUCUCUGGAGGGUCUGUCAGUCACUGAGCGUGUCUCUGGAGGGUCUGUCAGUCACUGAGCGUGUCUCUGGAGGGUCUGUCAGUCACUGAGCGUGUCUCUGGAGGGUCUGUCAGUCACUGAGCGUGUCUCUGGAGGGUCUGUCAGUCACUGAGCGUGUCUCUGGAGGGGCUGUCAGUCACUGAGCGUGUCUCUGGAGGGGCUGUCAGUCACUGAGCGUGUCUCUGGAGGGGCUGUCAGUCACUGGUGUCUCUGGAGGGUCUGAUGAUCCACUGGUCUGGAGGGUCUGUCAGUCACUGAGCGUGUCUCUGGAGGGUCUGUCAGUCACUGAGCGUGUCUCUGGAGGGUCUGUCAGUCACUGAGCGUGUCUCUGGAGGGUCUGUCAGUCACUGAGCGUGUCUCUGGAGGGUCUGUCAGUCACUGAGCGUGUCUCUGGAGGGUCUGUCAGUCACUGAGCGUGUCUCUGGAGGGUCUGUCAGUCACUGAGCGUGUCUCUGGAGGGUCUGUCAGUCACUGAGCGUGCCUCUGGAGCGUGUCUCUGGAGGGACUGUCAGUCACUGAGCGUGUCUCUGGAGGGACUGUCAGUCACUGAACGUGUCUCUGGAGGGACUGUCAGUCACUGAGCGUGUCUCUGGAGGGACUGUCAGUCACUGAGCGUGUCUCUGGAGGGACUGUCAGUCACUGAGCGUGUCUCUGGAGGGACUGUCAGUCACUGAGCGUGUCUCUGGAGGGACUGUCAGUCACUGAGCGUGUCUCUGGAGGGACUGUCAGUCACUGAGCGUGUCUCUGGAGGGACUGUCAGUCACUGCGCGUGUCUCUGGAGGGACUGUCAGUCACUGAGCGUGUCUCUGGAGGGACUGUCAGUCACUGCGCGUGUCUCUGGAGGGACUGUCAGUCACUGAGCGUGUCUCUGGAGGGACUGUCAGUCACUGCGCGUGUCUCUGGAGGGACUGUCAGUCACUGAGCGUGUCUCUGGAGGGACUGCGCGUGUCUCUGGAGGGACUGUCAGUCACGUGUCUCUGGAGGGACUGUCAGUCACUGCGCGUGUCUCUGGAGGGACUGUCAGUCACUGCGCGUGUCUCUGGAGGGACUGUCAGUCACUGCGCGUGUCUCUGGAGGGACUGUCAGUCACUGCGCGUGUCUCUGGAGGGACUGUCAGUCACUGCGCGUGUCUCUGGAGGGACUGUCAGUCACUGAGCGUGUCUCUGGAGGGACUGUCAGUCACUGAGCGUGUCUCUGGAGGGACUGUCAGUCACUGCGCGUGUCUCUGGAGGGACUGUCAGUCACUGAGCGUGUCUCUGGAGGGUCUGUCAGUCACUGAGCGUGUCUCUGGAGGGUCUGUCAGUCACUGAGCGUGUCUCUGGAGGGUCUGUCAGUCAGUCUCUGGAGGGUCUGUCAGUCACUGAGCGUGUCUCUGGAGGGUCUGUCAGUCACUGAGCGUGUCUCUGGAGGGUCUGUCAGUCACUGAGCGUGUCUCUGGAGGGACUGUCAGUCACUGAGCGUGUCUCUGGAGGGUCUGUCAGUCACUGAGCGUGUCUCUGGAGGGUCUGUCAGUCACUGAGCGUGUCUCUGGAGGGUCUGUCAGUCAUUGAGCGUGUCUCUGGAGGGUCUAUAUCUAUCUGGUUGUCAACUCAUCACAACUCAUUGUUUACUGAAUACGUACACAAUUCUUAAAGAGUGGGAUACAUUGAAAGGUUACCUAGUGUAAUGUGACAGUUUGUGUCAAUGUAGAUAUAGAUAAAUGUGGACAUAAUUUGUUUCCUCCCCAAUCCUCCUCAACAUGCAUUGGUCUGGAUACAUUGUAAAUAAAUAUAGUGCUAAAACUGUCUUUCGUAAAAUAGCAUUCUCCUGUUUGAAUCUACAAAUCAUUUUAUAUCUAUGCAUUAUGCUAGCCAAUGGUGUGUAUUUGUAGAUAAAAUUAUCUCACAUCCAGUUUCAGCUGGGCAAGGAUCUUGCUGCAUGGAGGUCCAGCGCAUGUUCCUGUGUUUCACAAGCCAUUCUGUAAUAUUUAUCCUAGAAUUAUUUGCUUUCAGAGAUGAUAACAAGUGAUGUCCACGAGUGCCCAGGGCUUCCUUCCACUGUGCUGGGAACUGGAUGUUGAAUAUAUUUUUCUGUUAUAUGGUCCCUUAAAAUAGGGGUUGUUAACUCUUUGGUUGCAACAAAUAUAUUGUAAUCUUCAUGCCUCAGACAAUUGGUCACAAUAAAUAAAGUUCUGUUUUCUCACUUCUUUCCCCAAUUCAUAUGAAAAACCCUCUGACACUAGACACUAAGGAUAUUUGGAAAAAUGUAUUUUACUUAUAAUAUAUUACCAGUAAAGAAUGAGUCACCAAGCUAAUCUUAUAAUUAAAGGGACACUAUAGUCACCAGAACAAGUACAGCUUAUUGCAUUUGUUCUGGUGAGUAGAAUCAUUUCCUUCAGCCAUUUUGCUGUAAACACGGUCUUUUCAGAGAAAAUGUAGUCUUUACAUUACAGCGUAGGUAUACCUCAUCUGGCCACUCAGAUUAUAUUACAGCCUAGAAACACAUCCACUGGCAACUCUUUUUAGAUAGCUACUUCAAUUGCUUCCUGGGGCAGUGCUGCACACUGUGUCUGACAUCUAGUGCCUCCGCCCUCUGCAUGGAGACACUGAACUUUCCUCAUAGAGAUGCAUUGAUUCAAUACAUCUCUAUGAGGAGAUGCUGAUUGGCCAAGGUUGUGUUCUGCCUCCUUGACAGUCCCAGACAAUCCUAUGGGAAAACAUUGUGUUUUGCUCAGAGAAUAACUUGAACAAAAGUAAGAUUUUACUAUAUUUUGGGAAGCCAGAUGGUGUUUUUAACACUAUAGGGUCAGGGAUGCAUGUUUGUGUUCCUGAUCCUAUAGUGUUCCUUAAAAGAAUGGUUUGGCAUGUUAAUGACAUGCACGUAACUCAGCUUCCUAUAAAAAAAAAAGUUAAAUAACCACUUCCUUAAAGAAGCCUUGGGGUUUAUUCAUUAAGCCAGAAACUGUUAAUUACACAUACAUGGAAAGUAGGUGGAGUGCAGUUGGCUCUUGGGUAGAUUGUGUUAAUGACAACUGUAGCAGAUAAAAAAAACAAAAAAAAACAAUGCCAAAUCCUAUUGCCACACAGUCUAAUACAAGUGUAUACACAUAUAAGGUAAUCCUUAAGGCUCGUACUUACAAGUGUAGUGCCACUAUGAUAGGCUCAAUGUGCAGGCAGAUGGGAGUGUUCGAAGGGAUCCCACUCCCUUAUAUGAUGCUGGUAAGAUCUCCGUUGAUAUAAUCCACCCAGUAACUUCACUGAACAUGAAAUGGCGGUAAAAAAAAUAUAUUUAUUGACAAACAAGAUCAAAAUAAAAUAAACAAAAUGUAUAUAAAAAGUCCAAUGUUUGGAGAGUUCUUGCAAGACGCGUUUUGCCUAUAUUGUAGGCUUCCUUAGUUGCUGAUGUUAUUCCCCGGUAGUCGGUAGUCUUAUGUAGCUCCUUCCUGUUUGUCCAUUGGAGUCACCUGGGUCUGCUCUGGGUCGUUUCAGUCUCUUCCAUAUGACAUCGCUAUCCGCGGCUUCACCUUGAUGAUGUAUUUCCGGUUUAGUUCAUAUUUGGAAUGCAUUUGCGUUCCACUCCUAAAAGAAACGUUAUUGUCCAUACAAUUUUGUUUCAUGUCGCUCCCCAGAGUCUCUCAUAUGUCUAUCAGAAGAAAUGAGGGAUUAUUAAAAUGCACUUAAAUUAAAAUAAUAAAAAAAACUACUGGGUAUAUCCAGUACAAGCCAUAAAAGCACAGGAUCAUCUUUUAGAAUAUGCCAGUGUUUGUAAUAACCACAGAUAAAAGGAAUGUGGUUAUUUCUUUGUAUUUUGUUUUUUUUGUUUAUAUGUUAGGAGUUAUUUUUACUUCCUCUAAAUCUUUUCUGAGGUUCUCUUCUUCGUAACCCCUCUCCAUAAAUUGUUGUCCUAAAUGGGUUGCUUGCUCAAUGAAUUCACUUUCCUCUGUGCAGUUCCUUCUAAUCCUCAGAAACUGCCCCUUUGGGGCAUUGAUUAACCUGGGUUUGUGGUGGCAGCUAGUUCUCUCUGUAUAGCAGUUUUUAUCGACUGGCUUAAAAUAAUUUUUGGUUCUGAUAAAAGAAUCCUGAAUGUAGAUGAUUAGGUCCAGCUAAAUGUUAUUGGGCACUUGGUGAAUUAACCUCCUAGUCCGUUCUCAGCAAUUCCCAUGUCAUGGAGUAAAACCCAGUUUGUCCCCAGACUGUCAGAAUUCUCACCUGAAUGUUAGUGCAGUACUUUCACGAGGAAGUGGCAGAGCGGUAACAAAAUAUGUACAAUUUGCACAAACAGCAAAUAAAGUAAAGUUAAUUCAAAAUAGAUCCAACAAAUUAAUUUCUCAUAAUAUACAGAUACAUUUUAGUAGUGUACACAACAAAGAGUCUUUUUUCCCCUCAAUAGGUUCGCUUUAACCACGUCCUCUAAGACUGCAUAAUUCUCAGUGUGCGUAGCUAAGUCUCUCUCCUGUUUACAUUGUGCAUUGAAUGUAGUUAUUGUGCUGUGCUAGAAGCUGUUAUAAUAUCAAAUGGACCAGUUCAUGUUAGGGGAAUUUUGUUGCUCAGUAUUCUUUUCUGGUAUAUAACAGUAUCUGAAUCAAACCUUCACAUUUCCCACCAUAAUCAUCAGUGUUUGUAAACCUCAAUAUGCUAUUUAACUAACCUCUUCAUAAUGGAAUUACUCAGGGAUGCUGAGUAAUGCGAUACUUUUCUGGAAUGCUGGGUAAAGGGAAACGUUACCUCUCUGGGACACUGGGUAAAGGGAAACGUUACCUCUCUGGGACGCUGGGUAAAGGGAAACGUUACCUCUCUGGGACGCUGGGUAAAGGGAAACAUUACCUCUCUGGGACACUGGGUAAAGGGAAACGUUACCUCUCUGGGACGCUGGGUAAAGGGAAACGUUACCUCUCUGGGACACUGGGUAAAGGGAAACAUUACCUCUCUGGGACGCUGGGUAAAGGGAAACGUUACCUCUCUGGGACGCUGGGUAAAGGGAAACGUUACCUCUCUGGGACACUGGGUAAAGGGAAACGUUAGCUCUCUGGGACGCUGGGUAAAGGGAAACAUUACCUCUCUGGGACGCUGGGUAAAGGGAAACGUUACCUCUCUGGGACGCUGGGUAAAGGGAAACGUUAGCUCUCGGGGAAGCUGGGUAAAGGGAAACGUUACCUCUCUGGGACGCUGGGUAAAUGGAAACGUUACCUCUCUGGGACGCUGGGUAAAGGGAAACGUUAGCUCUCUGGGACGCUGGGUAAAGGGAAACAUUACCUCUCUGGGACGCUGGGUAAAGGGAAACGUUACCUCUCUGGGACGCUGGGUAAAGGGAAACGUUAGCUCUCGGGGAAGCUGGGUAAAGGGAAACGUUACCUCUCUGGGACGCUGGGUAAAGGGAAACGUUACCUCUCUGGGACGCUGGGUAAAGGGAAACGUUAGCCUCUGGGACGCUUGCAAAGGGAAACAUUACCUCUGUGGAUCACUUUUCUGGGUAAAGGAACGCUAUUCUCUGGACGCCAGUAAAGGGAACGUUAGCUCGGGAAGGUAAAGGGAAACGUUACCUCUCUGGGAUACUGGGUAAAGGGAAACGUUACCUCUCUGGGAUACUGGGUAAAGGGAAACAUUACCUCUCUGGGACGCUGGGUAAAGGGAAACGUUACCUCUCUGGGAUACUGGGUAAAGGGAAACAUUACCUCUCUGGGACGCUGGGUAAAGGGAAACGUUACCUCUCUGGGAUACUGGGUAAAGGGAAACGUUACCUCUCUGGGACGCUGGGUAAAGGGAAACGUUACCUCUCUGGGAUACUGGGUAAAGGGAAACGUUACUUCUCUGGGAUGCUGGGUAAAUGGAAACGUUACCUCUCUGGGACGCUGGGUAAAGGGAAACGUUACCUCUCUGGGACACUGGUUAGAGGGAAACGUUACCUCUCUGGGAUGCUGGGUAAAUGGAAACGUUACCUCUCUGGGAUGCUGGGUAAAUGGAAACGUUACCUCUCUGGGAUGCUGGGUAAAUGGAAACGUUACCUCUCUGGGAUGCUGGGUAAAUGGAAACGUUACCUCUCUGGGAUGCUGGGUAAAUGGAAACGUUACCUCUCUGGGACACUGGUUAGAGGGAAACGUUACCUCUCUGGGACACUGGUUAGAGGGAAACGUUACCUCUCUGGGAUGCUGGGUAAAUGGAAACGUUACCUCUCUGGGAUGCUGGGUAAAUGGAAACGUUACCUCUCUGGGAUGCUGGGUAAAUGGAAACGUUACCUCUCUGGGAUGCUGGGUAAAGGGAAACGUUACCUCUCUGGGAUGCUGGGUAAAGGGAAACGUUACCUCUCUGGGACGCUGGGUAAAGGGAACCGUUACCUCUCUGGGACGCUGGGUAAAGGGAACCGUUACCUCUCGGGGAAGCUGGGUAAAGGGAACCGUUACCUCUCGGGGAAGCUGGGUAAAGGGAACCGUUACCUCUCGGGGAAGCUGGGUAAAGGGAACCGUUACCUCUCGGGGAUGCUGGAUAAAGGGAACCGUUACCUCUCGGGGAAGCUGGGUAAAGGGAACCGUUACCUCUCGGGGAAGCUGGGUAAAGGGAAACAUUACCUCUCUGGGACGCUGGGUAAAGGGAAACGUUACCUCUCUGGGAUACUGGGUAAAGGGAAACGUUACCUCUCUGGGACGCUGGGUAAAGGGAAACGUUACCUCUGGAAGCUGGAGUGAGAAGCGUUACCUCUCUGGGACACUGGUUGGGAAGCGUUACCUCUCUGGGAUGCUGGGUAAAUGGAAGCGUUACCUCUCUGGGAUACUGGGUAAAGGGAAACGUUACCUCUCUGGGACGCUGGGUAAAGGGAAACGUUACCUCUCUGGGAUACUGGGUAAAGGGAAACGUUACUUCUCUGGGAUGCUGGGUAAAUGGAAACGUUACCUCUCUGGGACGCUGGGUAAAGGGAAACGUUACCUCUCUGGGACACUGGUUAGAGGGAAACGUUACCUCUCUGGGAUGCUGGGUAAAUGGAAACGUUACCUCUCUGGGAUGCUGGGUAAAUGGAAACGUUACCUCUCUGGGAUGCUGGGUAAAUGGAAACGUUACCUCUCUGGGACACUGGUUAGAGGGAAACGUUACCUCUCUGGGACACUGGUUAGAGGGAAACGUUACCUCUCUGGGAUGCUGGGUAAAUGGAAACGUUACCUCUCUGGGAUGCUGGGUAAAUGGAAACGUUACCUCUCUGGGAUGCUGGGUAAAUGGAAACGUUACCUCUCUGGGAUGCUGGGUAAAUGGAAACGUUACCUCUCUGGGAUGCUGGGUAAAUGGAAACGUUACCUCUCUGGGAUGCUGGGUAAAGGGAAACGUUACCUCUCUGGGAUGCUGGGUAAAGGGAAACGUUACCUCUCUGGGACGCUGGGUAAAGGGAACCGUUACCUCUCUGGGACGCUGGGUAAAGGGAACCGUUACCUCUCGGGGAAGCUGGGUAAAGGGAACCGUUACCUCUCGGGGAAGCUGGGUAAAGGGAACCGUUACCUCUCGGGGAAGCUGGGUAAAGGGAACCGUUACCUCUCGGGGAAGCUGGGUAAAGGGAACCGUUACCUCUCGGGGAAGCUGGGUAAAGGGAACCGUUAGCUCUCGGGGAAGCUGGGUAAAGGGAACCGUUAGCUCUCGGGGAAGCUGGGUAAAGGGAACCGUUAGCUCUCGGGGAAGCUGGGUAAAGGGAACCGUUAGCUCUCGGGGAUGCUGGGUAAAGGGAACCGUUACCUCUCGGGGAAGCUGGGUAAAGGGAACCGUUACCUCUUUGGGAUGCUGGGUUUAAGGAAACCUCUCUGGCAUGCUGGGUAAAGGGAAAUAUUACUUCUCUUGGAAGUUGCAAUAUUGAACUACAGAUUCAUGGAAAUCCGUUUUCUGUAACAUCCUUAAAGUAGUAUCACUUAACCAAGAUAAACAUUUUGUAAUGCUCUGUUUUAGCAGCGGAUUCCAGACGUUGGAUAAUUGGAAGUAAUAGAGUAUUUGACGGAAUGGAUGUUUUUUGUCAAUAUGCUAAUCAGGUGAACUGAGAGGUACUUUGUAGCUGGUAUAUGGCUAUUGUUGCUAGAAGUUAUUGUUCUAGCUCAUAGAGAUCUGGUUGUAGCUGAUGGGGAACUGGUUGUGGUUGUAGUGAGUGGUCUACUGUGUUUUAUACUGUGCUUGCUUGCAUUUUCCUGUUACAAAGGGAAAUGUGGAGCCACUUGCUGUAAACUGAACAUGUUCUCCUCCUACAGGCUGUUUAACAAGUUGUUUGCCACAGGACUGGUCAUUCUAUUUCUACCAAUAAAUUGGCAUCUCAGUGCCCUGCCCCCAUUCCCUUGCACUUGGCACAGUGGUGCUGAGUCUGCACCUGUCCUAGCCAGUUUCCUCUCAUGGGUGGAAGUCAUCUAGAGAACAAGCUGGGAUCUUGAAGUUCCCGUCACGAUUAUAGCUAAUUACCAUCCAGACUGUGUAUUCUGACACAUGGGGAACUGCCUCCCCCCCUCCCCACAGCUGUGCCAUGCUCUCUGCUGCCAGGGACUGAACCAGCCCCCUCCUGUGGGACUCUGAGGUUUUGAACAUCUGCAUGCGUUGGGAGAUUAUUUAAACAUAGCCGUUCCAGGUCAGUCCAUUAAACCCUUCUCUUUUUGUUCUGGAUCUCAUGCUGUGCUCCUGGAGCAGGUGAGUAACAUUGGAAUAUGUUUGGGGGGGUUACCUGCUGCAUGUUAACUGUACGGUUCUUCUCCAGAUGUUUUUAAUCUAUACCUUUAUAGGAUUUAAUGUCGGUUCCAGUGCAUGCCAGCUACAGUGUAAAAAAUAAAUGAACAUGGACAUUUUCUGGCAGUUUCAGCAAUUUAAUUUAGAAGCACAGAUUUUACUGUCAGAUAAAAGGCAGUUGGCCCUUCUAGUCCUUUCUAAAAUCACACUCUUUAUCCUUGAUGUUUUUCCUGCACAUUAAUAUAUCUAUCCAGGAAUGUGACCCCUACCACCUCUGCUGGAAGGCUUUUCCAUGCAUCUUCAAGUUCUGUUCUAGGAUUCUGGAUUGACAUGGUAGUUUGGGAUUGAGCAGUUUAACUUUGCCUGUGUACUAAUUCCCACCCUGAGCUCAAAGAUAAAUGUAACCAAAAAAAUGCUUAUUUUAAUGAAAAUUUGCAGGGUCUAUGGCCCCUAUUGUUUUUACAAUAUAUCGCUGGAUUUGCCCAGAUUUGCUUCUUGCUACUUUCUAGUAUUGGGGAGCAAAAACAAUUUCUAUAAUAUUUUGAUACAGUUUAUUCAACAGGGUUGCAUUUGUACACAUUAGAAAGAUCAGUGGCUGCAGACACCAAGUUCUAACCCUAUUGCAUUGAGUAGAGUUUCCCCUCUGACACUCUGCUUGCCAGGAGGAUGAGCCAUGCAUGUGAUCUCAAUUAAAAUCACCCCUGCACACAGCUUGCGUUAGCGUAGUCUACAUUGCAUUCACAGGGCUUGCUGGCGAUAGACGUGGAAUCUAACAGAGCACUUUGUGUCUGAUAAGCGUAGCUUGCGUUGGUGUGCGCUUUGCCAGGAGAAAUAUUUGUGUCUGUUGUGCCAGACAACGGAGUUAGAGAAACAGUCUAUAUUCCUUGCAGGGCAGAAUGGAGAGUUAUCAAAUUGUUCUGUGCCAAAAAGUGGUGCAAAAAUGUAAAAGGGGAGGAGUCACACAUUGAAUGUGCCUGGUUUCCAUGGUGACUGUACCAAGUUUAGCCUUUUGAAGCAGAAUAUCUCCCUAUAUGUGGCCCUGUCGGAGGAGAUUUAUCAAAGUGUACAGUCACUAUGGAAACCAACAGGCACUUUUUAUGGAUGACUCCUCCCUUUUAGAUCUUUCACCACUUUUAAGGACAUAUUCCCAGUGUUUGAGCACUUGGAACAUGAGUGUAGGUUGGCAGCCUUGUGUUUUACAUGGCAAGUCAUAAAGCAAAAUGGUUUGAUGGUUAAUGGCUUCACCUGUGAGGUUAGUAAACCCAGAAACUAGUGUUGGUUUGAUCUCUAGCCCUGUAUCUAUUCCCUGGAUCUUAACUCCAGAAUGUUACAGAAGCAGUUAUCGCUUCCCCAGGCCAGUGGAGACCUUCUUGACACUGGGGAGAGUUCAAGUGUUUUUCUGAUUUUAGUGCCUAAUAUUCUGCAACUAAAGAACAUGUCAACAAGCUAAUUCUCGAAUUGUAGAAUGAGUCUCCCACGUGAAAGCAGUCACAAAAUGUUGGGUCCAUGCUAAGAGCUGCUAAACAAUAAGAUCCCCACCUUAAACUGCUACACUACAGCAGGAAACAGCCCCAUCCCAUAUCAGGAAAACUAUCCACCAAUUAGGAGACUCGUAUUCUGGGUCUGAUUAUAUCGGAAACCUCUAAAUGGAACCGCUGAUUAGGCUGAUAGCUAUGACUGCAAUCAGUUUACUGACCGAGGAUUUCACAGAUUGAAGGUGCGGAUGGAGCCUGCAUACACCGUGUGGAAAUGGAGAUCACAAUUCCCCAUUAAAAGCAAUCUUACAGCUCCAGCAAAUUGUAUAAAUCAAUGCAGUUUUUAUAAAUACAAUCCAACGUGCAGAGCCUGUUAUGUUUCAUUGGACAAGGCUGUAGAUUUAAACAUUCUACUUGUCGCCCCCACCCCCCACCCAUGUCCUCACAUAGUCUCUCUCUGCUGUCCUCCCUCAUGGUGUGUGUUGGCUGUUGAUACUGUGUGUGGAUAGUUUGGGUGCUGGCUCUCUGUGUUGGACCAACGAGACAAAAAGGUAUUUCAGAGACAAGUGUGACAAGCUGUUUACAUCUAGACCUUUUAAAAGUUUGAACUGGUGGCCAGUUUUGGUGAAGACCCCAGUUAAUGAAACAUUCCAAUACCCUAAUGCAUAAUAAUAAUAAUAAUAAUAAAUAUUUGCACAAUUGGGUUCUCUUUACAAACUAUAUACAAACGAUACGCUUAUCUGCAAAAUGUGUUUGUAUUCUGACUGGUUGAACUGUGUGUGGAUGGUUUGUGUACAGGUUGUUGGUAAUGUUUGUUGGCUGUAUUCUGUAUGUCAAAUGUGUGCGUGCAUGCCCUGUUUUUCUAUUCAGGAAGCUAAGCAUUACACAGAGCCAGCACGAGCCACAUCCACACACAUUACACAGAGCCAGCAUGCGCCACAUGCGCACACACAUUACGCAGAGCCAGCACACUCCACAACUACACACAUUACACAGAGCCAGCACGCGCCACAUCCACACACAUUACACAGAGCCAGCACACGCCACAUCCAAACACAUUACACAGAGCCAGCACGCGCCACAUCCACACACAUUACACAGAGCCAGCACGCGCCACAUCCACACACAUUACACAGAGCCAGCACACGCCACAUCCAAACACAUUACACAGAGCCAGCACGCGCCAUAUGCGCGCACACAUUACACAGAGCCAGCACACUCCACAUCCACACACAUUACACAGAGCCAGCACGCGCCACAUUCACACACUACACAGAGCCAGCACGCGCCACAUUCACACACAUUACACAGAGCCAGCACGCGCCACAUGCGCGCACACAUUACACAGAGCCAGCACACUCCACAUCCACACACAUUACACAGAGCCAGCACGCGCCACAUCCACACACAUUACACAGAGCCAGGACGCGCCACAUUCACACUCAUUACACAGAGCCAGCACGCGCCACAUCCACACACAUUACGCAGAGCCAGCACGCGCCAUAUCCACACACAUUACACAGAGCCAGCACGCGCCACAUCCACACACACUACACAAACCACACCGGAACACAUUAUGUGCUAUGGUACAUGGUGGCCCAUUGGUGGUUGAGCAUGGUAGUUUGUGAUCUGCUCUACCAGGAGGCUCAAACCAAAGUCCAGAGCUAGGAAUUCCCCAGCGCUAAUAGUAUCCUUCUAAACUGCUAACUGGUGCUAUAUUUCAGACUCCGGUAAGAGUCUGACAGAUCAGUGGAAUAUGCUAUACUUUGGAAAGCUGUGAUCCGCUGUAGCUGUGUGUUUAGGUGCUGUCAAGGUGGGACUUCUGAAAAACUUUAUUGAAAGCUGACAGGUGUGGACAUUCCAUGUACUUGACUGCCUUACUGUCUGCCAUUGCAGGUGGUGAAAAUUUUUUGACACCAAAUUCUCUUUUGUCAACUUGUCUGUUUAUUGCAUGUAUGUUCUCAGGGCUGAAGCGCCGGCAUGCCCAGACAGAUAGCACAUUGUUGUUUUAUGAAAUGAGGCAGCUAAUGAGAUGAGCAGCUCAAAGCACAGUUGUCCUAAACCGUGUUACUGUUUUUGCAAGAAAUCAUAUUUAACUGUGCUGGUCAACACUCCAGGACUUUUAGUGGCUUUAUACACUUCACUAGCCAGAGAGCCCCUGCUACUCCUGUGUGUAUGUCAUUGCUCUCCAGGGCUGUGCCUUUUCAUGGAUCCUAGCUCCUAAAUUCAAGAAACACCGAUACAAAAAUACAAAUAACAGAUGGAGUUACGCAAGGCCAGUUUGGCUGUUCAGGCAGCUUCGGGUUCCAUCACCAGCCAUGGUUAUAAGGUUUGCAGAUCCUCCCUACUUGAGACAGGGGUUUUGGUUAUUAUUACACACUAUAUUUUUUUCAGGCAAAAUUUGUUUUUCAAGCCCUUAUGUACUGGAAUUGGACACUCUCUUUACAAGGCCCUGGGCUACAAGGGUUUUCUUAAAAUAUUGGUUUGGCAUUGCUAACUUUGUGGGUAAAACAGGGUGAGCCAUAAAAUGACAAAUAACGUGUUUUUGGUUUGGGUGACCUCGGAAAGCCAUGCUGCUUGUGACCCCCUGGUCCCUAUUAACUUAUUCUGUCUUUCUCUGCAGACAGUCCGUGGGAUGCUAUGGCUAGCUCCUCUGACAGUGAGGACGACGCAUUCAUGGCUGUUGACGCAGUGGAAGGAAUAGAAGGAACGAUGGAACAAGACUAUGAGCAACAUCCUCGGAAACAGCCGACCAGACAUAACCGUUCCAUGUCAGAGCUACCGGAGGAGGUGCUGGAAUACAUCCUGUCCUUCUUGUCUCCAUAUCAGGAGCACAAGACUGCAGCUUUGGUGUGCAAACAGUGGUACAGACUCAUUAAAGGUAAGCUAGCUACUAUGGGCCCAGGCGACUGCACAGAAAUUCCCAACAUAGCCAGUGUUGAUAUGUUAUUUUCUCUCUCUCAUGCCACUCACAUGGUAGACACGCUGAAACGCACCCACACACAUUUUUGAGCCUAAUCCAGCCUGGAUGCACACUGUCAGGAUAUUUAUAUUGGCAGACAUCUUGUGCUAUGAUAGAAAUUAAAAGUGUAUAUUCUGAGUCAUUUUGAACAGACCAGACUCCAUUUUGUUAUUUUCAAGUUAACAAAAAGACACAAGAUUUCUAUCUGUAAAACUAACCAAUUUCCCAGAGCUAAGGAAUGCAUAGUAUAAACAAAAGUGAUAAGAAGAACGGGGGUUGGAUAGACUGUCUAUAUGUGUAAGGUACCAUUGUAAGUUAUGGGUCAAAACUCAGAUUUGCCAGACACAUAGUCUGGACAAAACUUAAAGAAACCCUUUGAAAUUUUAAGUUAUGGCACUAUAAAGAUAACGCAAAAUGACGUCAAAAUAGCCACCAAGGAAAGUUAACUCUUUCCUGGAUAGGUAUGUUUAGUGGGACAAGACUGCCCUCUAUAGACCAAAUACCUAAUUUGCGAUCUGGAAGAUAACCACACCUCUAGUGCUUCUAUUGGGUUAUCAACUGAUGACGUACAGAGAGUCUGGCCCUUUAAAAGUUAGGACAAAGGGAAGAUAGGAAGGCAAAGAAUGCAAAGGAGAAAGAAAAAGAGGGGAGAGGAAUUGGAAGUUUGGGGACUCCAACUCACAACAUCUGAGACUAACACUCUACUCUUAAAACUCUAACACUUAGAAUUUUACUGACUUUCUAACCAACACCACCUUUCACCAUAACUCAAUGCAGACAGACAUCCAAAUAAGUUCCUGAGACUAUCUACCAAUCGGAUGAAAUAUCUACUCAACUGGUAAUUAUACUGGUUUCAUUUAAUUAAUUAAAUUAAUUAAAAUUAUUAAUAGCAUUAUAUAUGACUGGAUAAAGCACGGUCAGAUUUCCAUAUUAAGAAAUCUUAGUUAACUAAAGAAUAUAUAGUUAUAAACAUUCCAUUCUGCAGGUGGAAUUAAGAAUAAUUAUAUAUUGAUGUGAUAUUAUCACGUGUUAGCAUACCGCUGUUUUUAUCCAGGUGUAUUGAUUUGCUCUAAAUUAAGAUAAGAUAUCUUUUAGACAAAUUAAAAUCUGCUUAUAUAAUAUGGUAGAUUCUCUUAUUGGAUGGUUCCAGGAAAUGACUAAUGAACUGGUUUAAAUGUUAUUUUAUUUAAAAUUACAUAAGAAUAGAUCUUAAUUACCUAGGAGGUCUAGCCAGCAUUGAAAGGGUUAUUCUAACUGUUAGCCAGGGUUUUAUGGCCCUUCGCUGUGAAAAGUUUCACUUUCAGUCUGUGUUAAAGAUACCUCAUAAAUCAGAAGACUUGACAGAAAAUGCUGUUUAGCCGUUGAGACGUGUGUAGCCAUUUCUUUGUAUUGCAUAUCAUUUUAUACUGGAUAUUCAUUGAUUAUUGUCACGCAUGUUACAUAUUAUUAUUAAUUAACUUGUUAUUAUAAAUAAAAUCUAUUUUUAUAACAUUUUGAUAUUAUUUAUAUGAAAUACUUCUCACUUAACACGAUAACGAUCUUUGGGUCUGAGAAUUGAAUUAGUGGGCAAUUCUCACUGUUACUAUUAUUAUCCCAUAAAUAUCCCCACAACACACAAUGCUUUCUACAAGCUUCUAGAGCCCACACAAACUCUACAUUAGCAGAAUCACCCUAACUUUGUACUCUACAUUCAUAUGUGUAGCUGAUCUCAUUUAGUACGCUUAGCUCGAACAUUGGCUAAAGUUUAACAGGUUAGGCUAAGGUACCUCACUACCACUCAUAGACGCAGUGCCCCUACUCUCACUGUGUCUAUGCAACCAAUACCUAGGUCUCAACUCCAGUUUGUACACCUUCUAUGAGCCAGCACUAGUUCUGUGUUUUUCUCACUUGAGUAAUUAAUAUGUGAACCUAGCAUGAUUCAUGAUAUUCGCCUGUUUAAAGUCUUUAUAUGAUUUUUAGUACAGGAAAUGCCCCACUUAAGCUUGUAAUCACCAGACUUCCAAUCCUUAUGCCAGCAGUGUCAAUUUGUCUACGUACCGAUUCUAUAUUAUUUUAUAGUUGACACAGAGAUUUCUCUCGAAUAUUAUACUUUAUAAUAUAAAAUGUGCAACGUUAAUGUAUGCCUAACACAUGUUUAUAAAUGUUGAAUUGGCAGGCGAGCAACUGCUGUUGUGGCAUUGCGUGCCUCUUUAUUAUUCACAAUAAAGUAAAGAAUUAAAUAUAAAUAAAUAAAGGUAAGCUAGGUAUAACAAACGCUGGUAUUUCAGAUACCCGUUCAUUCCUUUCCUCCCGAACUGCUGAGUGAUUAUAGCUCGCAGUUCAGGUGUUGAUUUGAACGUUCUCCAGAAGAAAUACAGCAUCCAAGUAAAUUCACCAAGCAAAUCAGACGAAUACCCAAACAUCAGCCUAGAGUAGAUGAAGGGUACAACAGGAAUGAAUUUAUUCAGGCAAACUGGCCCGGUUUUAUGCAAGUACGCAUGCACAGGGUUUACAGUGACAUAUUCCAGGGGCGUUCUCCACUGGACCUGAGAGGGGACUAUGACAAUACUGUACAUACUGUAAGUACAUUGGCUCUCAGGUCCAGGACACUCCCACAUAAAUAGGGUAAUCCUUCCUCUGUGCGUGGGAGAUAAUUGAGGCAAGGAUUGUACUAAACUCAAUUAUCUCCAGGUACAAAAAACAUACAUUUCAACAAAACACAGAAAAUACCUUAAAACCCAUGGAAACCCCUACAAAAGUCAUUUCCCCUGGAAACCCCGAUUUGGGGGACCAGCAUAUCCAAAAAUCAACCAGAUCGUUUCAGAGGUUCUGGAUUUCCAUGAAGGUCAUAAUUUGACCGAUCGCAUACAAGAUCCUAUGCCCAAAAGCAGUUCCACAGUUUCAGAGGUAGCGUUCUGUCCAUUUCAGGAAGUCUAAAAACCGAACAAAUUCACAAACUGUUCCCCUGGCUCAUGAGUAGCGUUUGUUCCCCUACUUCGUGGGAACAAAACUACCGAAUAGUGCUCUCCUGGCUGGUUGGUGAAAAGAAGCAGGCGUUCGUGAAGUUGAUCGGCAUUCGGGAAGUCGAGUGUCCGAUUUUAGUUCCAGACAUUCGACGACCAAGUCCCGCUGCCUCUUUUCGUACCACACAAGGAGAGCACUUACUGUGCGGUUUUCUUUGUAGAUAAUGAGCCAGGGGUUGGUCUGUGUUCGGUAGUUUUAACUACCGAACGACAAAAAUCAAAGUUAAUGAAUAAAGUGUGUGGUUUCUUCGCACAAGGAGUUUUAUUUUGUUUUAUUGGUAGGUCUGUUGUCUGCCACAGAUGCAAAAGGACUCAAACUCAUAGUUUGGAGGUUAUUACUUCUUUACAACUUAUCUGCUUUUGGCUUUGUUUCUGUUAACCAAUUGUGCAAUUUUUUUUUUUUUUUUUUUUUAAAUCCUCCGUAGCUUCCUGAAUACCUGCCAGGAAAUUAAUUUCCUCCUUCUCCUUUGUUGACGUUUUAGUAUACUAUUAGAUUGGUUAUGUAUACCCAGGCUGGUGUUGGUUUUAGAAUAUAUAAGGCUUAGCCUUUGUAUAACUAUCGAUAUCUUUGUAAUAAAUUAUGACUGUGCUUUUGAAACCUUUUCAACUCGCCGUGUGUAUGCAUGGAUUUAUAGCUCCAUUUGUUGUAGCUGCAGUUUAGUCAGCAGGUCCAUUUAUUUUAUCUGCCAAAUAGAAUUGCUACUUAUUGGUGAAGAACCUGCCCCAUGCAUCAUCACGCUGCAUCACUUCGUCUGUCUCUGCUCCAAUCAAAUGCUCUUGUCACGUGCGUGGGCUAUAGGCCCAGCCGAGACAGUGGGGGGAGUGUGGAAGUGACAGGGUUAAUGACACCAGACCCCUGGUUACCUGUUGCUAGUCCCAGCAACCACUCAAUUAACCCCUGCAAUCCCUUCUACACUAUCCCCCUUAGUACUACUGCCACCACCAAGACUUUUAAACCCGGGCGUCUUAGGUUACCCCACACACAGGAGAAUUCUAGUAUCACCGUUCUACUUUUACUGAUAAAACAUAUAUAGUUAACCCCUUUUGGUAACGUGUUUACCUGAGCUUUCCUCUGGAGAGUGAAGCUCAUAGAGAACAGAGACACAAGCUGAUUAAGUAAACAUUUAAUCUGACAAAAAGGAUUCACAGUGCUGAGUACAAAAUACAGAAAUAAAUGACAUACAGAUAACAAAUUGCAAAACAGUACAUAAAAUAAAAUAGGAGAAAACACAAGAAAUUCCUUACAUAUAUUUACCCCAUAUAGAAUUCUUGUGGGAGUCUUAGAUGGUAUAGAUCUCCUAGAAGUUACUGACAAAAGAAAAAUGAAUAACUGACUUCCCUGGAUAGUCCAACACCCUCAUAUAUCUAAACUAGUUGUUUCUCAGUGGGCAGACCCCUGGGGGGGAUCAGAGGGGGCUGGUCUGGCAGUCUAUUGCCCACUCUAUGAAAUUCCUUGUGUCCAGCUCUGGUGAUGGCUAUCUAGAUGUUUUAUGGUCUAGGCCUGGUGCAAGAUCAAAGACCACAAUAAAUGUCAUCCCAAGGUUUACAAAAAAAACUACUCUUAACAUAUAUAAACACACAUCAAACACCAACUCAUGCUUUUGGCAUGACAGCUCUUCAUAGAGUAAAAAAUAACACACAUGAAUGUAGGGAGAUUGGGAGGAGACAUAAAAGCUUCCACUUGCAGUAGUGCUCCCAUAUGUUUUGCAGAGAUCUAACAUUAAGCAGUCUGUAACUGAGCUGCCUGUGUCUUGUGUGCCGGUGGUGUAACCAGAACCCGGCACAAAAGUUCAGAUAUCUUUUUAUGUGUAAUGUUUCAAUAAGAAAAUCUGCACAUCCAGAUUCCUUGCUCUAUGACCAAUUGUAGAAGAAAUGACCUUGGAGGCUGGAGUAACCCUUUAAAACCUUAAUAAAAGUGAGUGCAUGGCUGAUGUGUGCAGCCAUCAUGAAUGGAAUUAAAGGGACACUAUAGUUACCUGAACAACUUUAGCUUAAUGAAGCAGUUUUGGUGUAUAGAACACGCCCCUGCAGCCUCACUGCUCAAUCCUCUGCCAUUUAGGAGUUAAAUCCCUUUGUUUAUGAACCCUAGUCACACCUCCCUGCAUGUGACUUGCACAGCCUUCCAUAAACACUUCCUGUAAAGAGAGCCCUAUUUAGGCUUUCUUUAUUGCAAGUUCUGUUUAAUUAAGAUUUUCUUAUCCCCUGCUAUGUUAAUAGCUUGCUAGACCCUGCAAGAGCCUCCUGUAUGUGAUUAAAGUUCAAUUUAGAGAUUGAGAUACAAUUAUUUAAGGUAAAUUACAUCUGUUUGAAAGUGAAACCAGUUUUUUUUUUUCAUGCAGGCUCUGUCAAUCAUAGCCAGGGGAGGUAUGGCUAGGGCUGCAUAAACAGAAACAAAGUGAUUUAACUCCUAAAUGGCAGUGAAUUGAGCAGUGAAAUUGCAGGGGAAUGAUCUAUACGCUAAAACUGCUUUAUUUAGCUAAAGUAAUUUAGGUGACUUUAGUGUUCCUUUAAACAGAACAGGGUACCAGUUGUUAUAAGUCUUGUAGAGACUGAUGAGUCAAAAUCUGCCCAUCAGCCCUAACACAACUCAGGCACCAUGCAAGCAGUGUAUUCCCCCAGACAGGUUGACAGAUUGAAAUGGAAGAGAGAUCUGGAGUAGGUUUCUCUCUCCUUGUACAUGUGCAGAGACACUCAAGCGUUGUAUGCAUUGCUCUCCAGAAAUGUCUGUGAUUAAUGUUUAAUCUGAAAUGACGUUACAGCAGUCCCCUAUGCCUGCAUUUAUGUUAUCCCUUCCCAGAGAUCACUUAGAGGAGGAAUUUUCUACAGCGGUUACCUUUUAGUCCAGGCUAGCAGCGUGGGCUUUAUUUGAAUUUUGUUAAGAGGAUCCCUAAAGAACAGAUCAUUAUGACUGCAUUAACCAUCGCUUGUUAUUAGUUUAAUAAUUAUCUCCAAGAUGUACUAAAAGGCAUUCGGCUCCGCCCUGAAAUUUCCAUUCACAGUUUUUCUUCUGUAUAUGUUGAGCUGGACACUGUAUGGGAACCUCCCCUGACAUUAGUGAAAAAUUUCUUUAAAUGCCUUAAAAAAAUAAUUUUAAAAAAUGCCUACAGCUGUAACUGACUGCAGUCUAUAGGAAGGCUCUGUCGUCGGCCUCUCUGGCCGGGAUCUGCUUUAAACUUCAAUGUAUUUUCUUUUUUUGAGAAUUAUGUAUUCUUGCCUGUGGAAUUAUGUCUGUUUUAUGGCUCUCUGCCCAAUUUUCAGGUUUGCUUCCUUUUAAGGGUAAAUAGAAAUUAAGUGAGAGUUUGGGAAGGUUGCACAAUCUGUUGCUUUGCGGUUUUUCAGGAAAGACUCUUUUAGAGCUGAAGCAUUCACAUUGAAAUCUCUCCUCUCAUUAUUCCAACACAGUGUCGCACUAUCAGUCAGCCACUACCGUGUUCUAGAACUCAAUGUAGUGAAUCUCUAACUGAUGGCAUGUUAGAACUUCCAUGAUAAAGCCAGCCUUCGGCUAGCGAAAGCAGUUGGAGCUCACCCCUUGUUUCAUUGUAUCAGGAAUACUUUUUCCCAUCUUCGUAGUGGUGUGAUUACCCCUUACAAUGAGUUGUGAUUACAAUGAAUGUUCUGUAUGUGAAAUUACAAUAGAAUGUUUGUGGUCCUAAGGCAGGGGGAUAAAGUUUUAAAAGGCCACAGUUUUAUUGUAAUAGUGACUAACCAAUAUGUUUGUGUAUGUCAGUUUAUGAAGCUUUGAUUAUGCAUUGUACUUAAUAUUGUAUUAACUAAUUUUGUAAAAAAUAAAUGUAUAUAAGAACAAUGUGUGUAUGUCCCUUAUACACAUUGUGGAACAUAGAUGCUAUGAUAAAAACUAUGGGGUAAGUUAUUUAGGGUGUAGUGGACAGAUCUAUGUGGGGCUCCAAUCUGUCUCUGAAACUAACUAUAUGGUUUAUUGCUUUUUCCAGGAGUUGCCCAUCAGUGCUAUCAUGGAUUUAUAAAGGCAGUCCAGGAUGGGAAUAUCCAGUGGGAAAGUCGGACGUACCCCUACCCAGGAACUCCAAUUACUCAGCGUUUUUCCCACAGUACGUGGCGCAGUUUGCUUUUAGUAACGUUAUUUAAAAUAGUGCCUACAAAUCUCAAGGAGAGCUCUGGAGCUCACACAGCUACUUGCUAAUCGUAUAGUAUGGGACAUUCUCCAAAACACAUUCCUCUUCCGGUGGCUGCUGUGGCCAUCAGGGCAGAUUAAUGAUUGUUUAUACAUGAUUUUAGAGAUUAGCUGCUUCCAUGGACAUAUUGGCCGUUAUACCAGAAUAGAAGCAGUGCGAGUAUUCAGAGUGGCUUGGCUCCUGACCUCUCAUUGCAAGAACAGGCAAAGGUUUCUUAAAUAAAUCAUUCCUUUUCAUUGAAACACAGCAUUUUAUUUGUGUGUAUUGUAUGAAGUAGGAGAGUGAGAGCACAGUCAUGGCUAUAACAGUCCAUUCUUAGUGCAGGAUUUGGGACUAGAGAAAAGUCUGAUGAACGUAUUGUAUAAUCUGCAUUUAUGGACGUGUAGUAUAAAUGCUGCAUUCAGUACAGCAAUCAGUCCCACAAUGCACUGGAGGUGUAGGGCUAAAGACCAAACCCAGUUACCUGUUCUGAGGUCCUCCUUCUCUUUCGCAUGCUGGGUGCUUAGUUUAAAGGCCCUUUCUGGUAACUGUUUAUCUUUUAAAACUCACUAAUAAGCAAUUUGAUUGCCAGAAGCUGACCUUUUUAUAUUACUGGCCUUUUUUGUAACAUGUGGUUUUGUGUUUGUGGAAUCCCCUUCUGGUGACAUCUAUGCAGGGGAUGCUUCUCGAUCUUCACUGUUUAGCUGCAUGCUGUUCAUUGUGAUCAGUCUGUGUGUGGUUCUAUAUAUACAGUGAAUAACUGUUCAUUGUGAUCAGUCUGUGUGUGAUUCUAUAUAUACAGUGAAUAACUGUUCAUUGUGAUCAGUCUGUGUGGUUCUAUAUAUACAGUGAAUAACUGUUCUUUGUGAUCAGUCUGUGUGUGGUUCUAUAUAUACAGUGAAUAACUGUUCGUUGUGAUCAGUCUGUGCGUGGUUCUAUAUAUACAGUGAAUAACUGUUCGUUGUGAUCAGUCUGUGCGUGGUUCUAUAUAUACAGUGAAUAACUGUUCGUUGUGAUCAGUCUGUGUGUGUUUCUAUAUAUACAGUGAAUAACUGUUCAUUGUGAUCAGUCUGUGUGUGUUUCUCUAUAUAUACAGUGAAUAACUGUUCAUUGUGAUCAGUCUGUUUGUGGUUCUAUAUAUACAGUGAAUAACUGUUCGUUGUGAUCAGUCUGUGUGUGAUUCUAUAUAUACAGUGAAUAACUGUUCGUUGUGAUCAGUCUGUGCGUGGUUCUGUAUAUACAGUGAAUAACUGUUCGUUGUGAUCAGUCUGUGCGUGGUUCUAUAUAUACAGUGAAUAACUGUUCAUUGUGAUCAGUCUGUGCGUGGUUCUAUAUAUACAGUGAAUAACUGUUCAUUGUGAUCAGUCUGUGUGUGGUUCUAUAUAUACAGUGAAUAACUGUUCGUUGUGAUCAGUCUGUGUGUGGUUCUAUAUAUACAGUGAAUAACUGUUCUUUGUUCCCUAUCCAGGUGCAUGCUAUUAUGACUCCAAUCAAUCAAUGUAUGUGUUUGGGGGCUGCACGCAAAGUAGCUGUAACGCAGCCUUCAAUGACUUGUGGAGGCUGGACCUGAAUAGCAAAGAAUGGAUCCGACCACUGGCUUCAGGUGAGUUCCCAUUAACCAUGUGCCACACUGCCAGCAUUACCUCCUCUGGACUCAAUUCACAACUUUCUUGGGGUUAGUUCUGAUUAGUACCCGUCCUUACACAGCAGCACUUUGGCAUGGCUUAGGUGUCAAACUCCCCCUCAUGUUAUAUAGGCACAGGUUACUGGAGGUUGAGAAGAAGAAUUCCUUCUCGAUACUCACUGACCAUCCACUGCAAGGCUAUGUUCACUGUGCCCCUUGGAGAGAAAGACGAGGAUGGAAUAUUUCAUGUGCCCCAUUCAUUUGACUUGUGUUAACGGGCAGUGUACUAAUGAACAAUUUAAUCUGUUGACUCCGUGAACGAUUGUCUGUAGAAUUGUCUUGGCUCUAUUUCCACUGGUGAUGUUCGGAGCCAGUAAUUUUGCAGUUAUUGAGUCUAUUUGAGAGCAGAUGCGCUUGUUUGAAAUCACCCUUUCUGCCCACCUUCCAGUCCAACAAAGAAAUGGAACUCUGCGGGCAGUGAAGACCGAUAUCUGCUUGUAACAGUAGCAGUGAUUACUGUUGUUUUUAAUGUUUCUUCAUUGUUUUCCUUUUCUCUGUAAUCUCUCUUUAAGGUGUGUCGGGAUAUCAGCAAGUGUGAUUGUUUGGAAGAUGAGAUUUCAGUUUUAUUAACAUGUUUGUCACAGUGUAUGACAGGCUGGCUGCUCACAUGGACAGUUUUUAAUGGGAUUUUUCUUUUUAAUUCUCUGCAUGCACCCUGAGAAUGCACAGUGCAAAAGUAUCCCACGGGAGGGGUGCUAACCACAAACCCACCCUGCCUUCUCCUUCCCGGGCAAUGCCAUGCUACAGGCUUCCAGUUAUUAGCUCAUUCUGGAAGAAUGCCCAAUGUUGCUGUGUUACAACAUGUGGUUUAGGUAGCGGCAAGGGAGAUUGGGCCCUGAGCACUUACCAUGAAGAUUUCUCCCAAAGAUAUGAGCUUGUGAAACCCAUACUACAGGUCACAAGGUACUUAGUCACGCCACCAGAUAGGCACUUACAGGGUUAACUAAGCAUAUUCGACAUCUCACAGUAUCACAUGAAUCAACUACAUUUUAGAGGUUAUCAGAUGUUCCAUUUAGUACCACAAUGGCCCUUAUUGAGAUUGAUUUAAAUAUCACUCAGAUCCCAGAGUUAGUUUGCGCUUACCUACUCCAAGUCAUAGCGGUAUUAAUGUGACACUAAUAUUAUUUAUUUUACUUCAAUAGUCAAUAGAAUCAUAAAAAAAGAAUGCACUCAUUCCGGGAAUAAAAUGGCGUGUACUUUAAAGAUACAUGCCAUUGUAUUUCCUCCAAGCCAUCUAACAAGCGACACGCUGAAGCAGAGGUCCUUUGCGUUCACUGACCGUCUGUAACCUGGUUUUAUGUGGGUUCGACUAAGGGAACGCCUGCACCAAUUUCAUUCAGAAACAUAGAUCUCUGACUGCCGCAGUACUCAGAGGACUUCCGUGCCCAGUAUGUGCCAACUGUCAGUCGACUGACUGCAGGAGCCUGUGAAGUACUUGGUGCUAGCCUGCAGCUCUGUGAGGCUCCAUGAUCACACGUUUAAACCAGGAUUUAACCAGAAAGAUACAUCCUGCUUUCUCGAUACUCAGCUUUUAUAAGGGAUAGUGUUACUGGGGGCAAUUAACCCUUCACUGGCUUUGAGAGAGAUCUUAUCUUCUGUGUGGGUAAUGAAAAUCUAAGUUUAAUAUUGGGGAGCAUUGCUGGUGAUGUGAAUCUGGGUUUAAUAUUGGGGAGCAUUGCUGGUGAUGUGGAUCUGGGUUUAAUAUUGGGGAGCAUUUCUGGUGAGGUGAACUGGGUUUAAUAUUGGGGAGCAUUGCUGGUGAUGUAAAUUGGGGUUUAAUAUUGGGGAGCAUUUCUGGUGAUGUGAACUGGGUUUAAUAUUGGGGAGCAUUGCUGGUGAUGUAAAUUGGGGUUUAAUAUUGGGGAGCAUUUCUGGUGAUGUGAUUCGGGGUUUAAUAUUGGGGAGCAUUUCUGGUGAUGUGAACUGGGUUUAAUAAUGGGGAGCAUUUCUGGUGAUGUGGAGCUGGGUUUAUUAUUGGGGAGCAUUUCUGGUGAUGUGAUUCGGGGUUUAAUAUUGGGGAGCAUUUCUGGUGAUGUGAACUGGGUUUAAUAUUGGGGAGCAUUUCUGGUGAUGUGGAGCUGGGUUUAUUAUUGGGGAGCAUUGCUGGUGAUGUGAAUUGGGGUAUAUUUUGGGGAGCAUUUCUGGUGAUGUGGAGCUGGGUUUAUUAUUGGGGAGCAUUGCUGGUGAUGUGAAUUGGGGUAUAUUAUAGGGAGUAUUUCUGGUGAUGUGAAUCUGAGUUUAAUAUUGGGAUCAUUUCUGGUGAUAUGAAUCUGGGUUUAAUAUUGGGGAGCAUUGCUGGUGUGAAUCGGGGUUUAAUAUUGGGGAGCAUUGCUGGUGAUGUAAAUCAGGGUUUAAUAUUGGGGUGCAUUUCUGUUGAUAUGGAUGGAGGUUUAAUAGAUGGUUACUGAGGAUGUGUAUGGAGGUUUAAUAGAUGGUUACUGGGGAUGUGGAUGGAGGUUUAAUAGAUGGUUAUUGGGGAUGUGGAUGGAGGUUUAAUAGAUGGUUACUGGGGAUGUGGAUGGAGGUUUAAUAGAUGGUUACUGGGGAUGUGGAUGGAGGUUUAAUAGAUGGUUAUUGGGGAUAUGGAUGGAGGUUUAAUAAAUGGUUACUGGGGAUGUGGAUGGAGGUUUAAUAGAUGGUUAUUGGGGAUGUGGAUGGAGGUUUAAUAGAUGGUUACUGGGGAUGUGGAUGGAGGUUAAAUAGAUGGUUAUUGGGGAAGUGGAUGGAGGUUUAAUAGAUGGUUAUUGGGGAUGUGGAUGGAAGUUUAAUAGAUGGUUACUGAGGAUGUGGAUGGAGGUUUAAUAGAUGGUUACUGGGGAUGUGGAUGGAGGUUUAAUAGAUGGUUAUUGGGGAUAUGGAUGGAGGUUUAAUAGAUGGUUAUUGGGGAUGUGGAUGGAGGUUAAAUAGAUGGUUACUGGGGAAGUGGAUGGAGGUUUAAUAGAUGGUUAUUGGGGAUGUGGAUGGAGGUUUAAUAGAUGGUUACUGGGGAUGUGGAUGGAGGUUUAAUAGAUGGUUACUGGGGAUGUGGAUGGAGGUUUAAUAGAUGGUUACUGGGGAUGUGGAUGGAGGUUUAAUAGAUGGUUACUGGGGAUGUGGAUGGAGGUUUAAUAGAUGGUUAUUGGGGAUGUGGAUGGAGGUUUAAUAGAUGGUUACUGGGGAUGUGGAUGGAGGUUUAAUAGAUGGUUACUGGGGAUGUGGAUGGAGGUUUAAUAGAUGGUUACUGGGGAUGUGGAUGGAGGUUUAAUAGAUGGUUACUGGGGAUGUGGAUGGAGGUUUAAUAGAUGGUUACUGGGGAUGUGGAUGGAGGUUUAAUAGAUGGUUAUUCGGGAUGUGGAUGGAGGUUUAAUAGAUGGUUACUGAGGAUGUGGAUGGAGGUUUAAUAGAUGGUUACUGAGGAUGUGGAUGGAGGUUUAAUAGAUGGUUACUGGGGAUGUGGAUGGAGGUUUAAUAGAUGGUUAUUGGGGAUGUGGAUACAGGUUUAAUAGAUGGUUACUGGGGAUGUGGAUGGAGGUUUAUUAGAUGGUUACUGGGGAUGUGGAUGUGCUACUUGCUGUGAAGUUUGCCUUGUGGCUGCAGAAGUCUGGUUUUGGUAUGUCAGCUUUUGCUUUCAGUUUUAAACAUGGCGAUGGGGGCGGCUGAGUACCUCACCUGUUAUUCCCUAGAGCAGGCAUAGGCAACCUUCGGCACUGCAGAUGUUUUGGACUACACCUCCCAUGAUGCUGUGCCAGCAUUAUGAGUGUAAGAGCAUUAUGGGAGGUGUAGUCCACAACAUCUGGAGUGCCAAAGGUUGCCUACCCCUGCCCUAGAGCUAAACAUGAGAACUUUGACCCAAACAAUGACAUAUGUAAAUUUGCUUUCAUUGAUCGUCGUCAUUGAUCUAAAUUACUGAAAAUGAAAGAAUUUUCCAUUUUGUGAGUUUGACUUGUUUGAGGAUUCGUGGCCCCGAAAUAUCUUGGUGACUUGGUUGUAUGUGCACAUUCUCUGAGAAUUGUUCCUGAAGCUGCUCUGCUCCCGAUCACAGCCCCUCCUGCCUGCAUCAUUGUCGGUGUGAGUGAGGCAGUUCACAGACCGAGAGUAUGGACCAGAUCUCAGGGUAAACAGUCCUUGGAAUGGCAUGGAAAAAAGAAUGCUGCCCCACACACUUCCUGAGAUCAUCUGAAUUCCUAUUAACACUGCUUUAGUGAAUGCUUUAUCUGCCAGCAAUGUAUUGACUUGUCCGGCCUGUGUCCCUGUCUUAUUUACCGUGGCACAUAUAUUGGCAGUAUACCAUUAUUAAUGCAAUGAUUCUGACUGAGCCUCACUCCCAUGACUCUCAGCCAACGUCUAUCAAGCUUAAUAGUGCUGAGGGUUAUGGGAGUUUGACAGCUUUUUCUAUUAUCUGUUCAAAGUAUAAACUCAGCAUAUUUGUGAACUGUGCCUCUUAAGAGACCAGACUAGGAUUCAGCUGAGCAUCAUGGGAGAUGUAGUCAACAGCAGGUGCACUAACAAAGAACUUUGCUGCUCUGUACACUCAGCUUACCAACCUUUGUAAAAAAAAAAAUCCAUUUAGAAACCCACAAUUAAAAUGUAGCCUUUAUCCAGCAAUGCUUGGAGAGCUUGAAGCAUUGAGCGGCCACCCAGUCCUGUUCACUGUCCAGCAUAGUUUGAAGUGGGCACAUCCUGAUCAAAGUUAUGGUAUGCUGAACCCUUAAUAUCACUAUAUGUUGGGUUAAUGUCAGAGCAUACACACAGCUCCAAUCCCCAUUUAUAGGUUUAGUAUGUCAGUCCUGAGGGUGAAAGUAAUGUGUUUAGUGGAUUAAUUCCCCUCAGGCACGCUUUAUAUUUUUACACCAAUUUCAAAUGUGAUUCCCAGAAGGCUAUGUUUCUGUUUAAUUACAUGUGUGGCACUAUGCCAAGUGACCGCAUUCACCUAAUCUUUAUAGUGUCUGCGGAUCCUGCUGUAGUGGUUCAGGCCCUGCGUCUCCAUUCCUCUUAGUAACACAAUUAUUCUCGAGGGUCCAGUUCUCAAUUCUGAAUGCAUUGCAGUGUCGGUUCCGCGUUGGCAGCACACAGUGACAACGUAAUUUGGAAUGUUAAUGGGAUGAGCCGUGCCAGAUAGAGUGCCUUCUGUAGUCUGGAAAAGCUCCCAACAGCAUAUAUCUAACACACCUCAUGAUGGAAUAUGAGAGAUACAUAGACCACUAACACUUGAAUGGUUUAAUAGAUCUAUUUCUCAGCUAUCAACUUCUCAGCUAUCAAUUUCUGUAAUGCGAUGUACAAUGACUGAGUUUUUUGGCUGCUAUUUAACAGUCUUGCUGUGAGCCCAGUAAAAUAUCUGCUUUUUUAAUCUAGUUAUGCAGUGCUGGGCCCCUACCGAGUGCCAGAACCUGCUGCAGUUUGUUUUAGUUGUGAUGGGUUUUUAAUUUAUUUACUUAUUUCUAUUUAAAUAUUGGGCACUUGACAAUCUGAGAUACUAAAAAUUGAUAAAAGCACAUUCAGAUUUAAUCUCACAGGGGAUGUAAGGUCAUGAAAGGGAUAGGCGGAAUGGCUGUUAAAUUGUUACGUGGAUAUUGUGACUGAUGAGCACACAGGCAGACUACAAGCUCUAAAGAUGAACUCUCCUGAUUAUUUACUUAAUGUAUGUAUGUAGUAUGCUACAGCACAGCUCCACUCGCUAUGCAGCAUGUAAAUGGAAUUACACUUCUGGGAAUGGGGUGAAAGCCUUGCAUUAGUCACACCUCUGGCACACAGAAGGUUAAUCUGAAUGUGCUUUUAUCAAUUUUUAGUAUCUCAGAUAUAGCUUGCCCCAAAUUUAAUCUCACAGGGGAUGUAAGGUCAUGAAAGGGAUAGGCGGAAUGGCUGUUAAAUUGUUACGUGGAUAUUGUGACUGAUGAGCACACAGGCAGACUACAAGCUCUAAAGAUGAACUCUCCUGAUUAUUUACUUAAUGUAUGUAUGUAGUAUGCUACAGCACAGCUCCACUCGCUAUGCAGCAUGUAAAUGGAAUUACACUUCUGGGAAUGGGGUGAAAGCCUUGCAUUAGUCACACCUCUGGCACACAGAAGGUUAAUUUGGGGCAAGCUAUAUAACUUUCUUAAUUUGCACGGUUUCUGUUCCAGGUUCCUACCCUUCACCCAAGGCUGGAGCUACGCUUGUGGUGUACAAAGAACUGCUAGUUCUUUUUGGAGGGUGGACCCGCCCAAGCCCCUAUCCGCUCCAUCAACCAGAACGCUUCUUUGAUGAAAUCCAUACUUAUUCACCCUCCAAGAAUUGGUAAGCGUGGACCUAAAUGGCAAGACCAUUCAGAUAUUUAAUGGCAUACCCGUUUUUAGACUUUGCUCUGUUAAAAAAUGAAUAACAUGAAAUGAUUUAAACCAGAAAGGGCACAUUUAGCUUUUGCUGUUUUUUCAAGUCCAUUGAGGGUAUUCUAAAAUAAUGCUGAUUCUUUCUUUCAAGGUGGAAUUGUAUAGUGACAACUCAUGGGCCCCCUCCUAUGGCUGGCCAUUCGUCAUGUGUCAUUGGCGAUAAAAUGAUUGUCUUUGGGGGUUCGCUGGGAGCUCGACAAAUGUAAGUAAUCUUUUAACUGCUACUUUCUCCUGAUCCACAUUCCUUACUUUUUAGACCGGAAGGAAAUAAUGUACCAAACAUGAAAAUAACAUAUCGCAUGUCGCAAUAUAUAAACAAUGCAUUGAUAUAUUUCCACUGAAUUAAGUGGCAGACAAAAUGUUUAUUUGCAACAGAUAAUCACCCACUGCUAGCUAUAGUCUCAAACCUCAUCAGCCACUCUCCCAUACUACUAUCAACCUUCCUACACUCCAUUUGCAGCCUGUGAGCACAGUCAGUCGAUUGGUUCUGACAAAUCCUAGGUGCCAAGUCCUGUUUCAGUGUCGUCAUGGCAAAGAACUUACAUUACUGCCGGCUGCCCCUUACCUCUUCCCUGUUUUAAUGUGUACGGUCUUGUGUUUUUCACCUUUUACCCAAAAUACAGGAGUAAUGAUGUCUGGAUACUGGAUCUGGAACAAUGGUCAUGGUCAAAACCCAAAAUAUCUGGUCCUUGUCCCCACCCCAGAGGAGGACAAUCUCAGGUAAAUAUCUCUGCAGAACUUCCGAGUGACUAUGGUUGGUUAAUCCCUUUAUUUAACCGCUAGUUGUUCAUAAAGGGUUAAAGCAAAAAGUGCAAAGAUCUGACACUUAACACCACCACACAGCCUGAUUUCCAGGUAACCGAGGGCCUUCCCCUUAAAACUAGAGUUAUCUGAUAGACUGGUCAACAUUGUGUCUCCCAUUACUGCCAGCAAGUGAAGUGAGGUUCAUUGUGUCCUGAGUGGACUUUCUCUCCAUCCUCAUCUGUUAAAUGUUACUGUAGUAGGUGAGGUUGAUAAAUAUCAUACUGCUUAUCGACAAAUAAUAAUCUGGUGGAUUUUUUCGUACCUAACCUGUUGCUUUUCAGGAAAGAUGUGAGAUUAAUUCUAUGUUGUUAGUUAACAUGACUCGGUGGGGGUUCGGUGUUAGUGGGCUACACAUUGUCCAAUAUUCUCUAUCCGUUCUAACCCAAUGUGUAUCCAUCUUGCAGAUUGUUAUCGACAAUGACACUAUUCUGAUUCUGGGAGGUUGUGGAGGUCCUAACGCUGUGAGUAUAUUUACCAUAAAUUAUUGUUAAGUGUGUCUCCAAAAUAAACAGGCUCCAUAUUUCAAUGUCUUUUGCUUUGUUAACCAAUUCAAAUUAUUUAUUAACAUUAAAAACUGUUGUGCUUUGUGUUUCUAUCCAAACAUAGUGGAAUGUUCCUUCUGAUUGCUCCACUUUUUGAACCUAACCCAAUACUUUUUUUUUUUUAUAUACAGGACAAUUGUGUAAAAUCCUACUUUUGGCUGAGAGGGUCUUUUUUUCCUUUCACUAUUUGUCUCGUCUCUUUCCUUCACGUUAAUCUCUCAGCUUGCUGUUGUUGAUUUAAUAUGACCGCUGCUCACAUUGCUGAUCUGUGUGUGUUUACAGCUGUUUAAAGACGCCUGGUUACUUCACAUGCAUACCAACCCUUGGACCUGGCAGCAGCUUAAAGUGGAGAACGAUGAGCACGGUGCCCCUGAACUCUGGUGCCAUCCUGCAUGCAGGGUAAGGAUACAGAUCAGGGUAGCCACAGACUUUGUAAUACGCAGGUUCAUAGUCCAUAUCUGAGCAAUGGUAUGAUGAACAUUGUAUUUUUAUUUGACACGUAUGUCUGUGUGCAAUGUAUGCAAAAUUACAGGUUUAUGAAAUCUUGAGCGAAAAAUGAUAAAAUCUUUUGUUGUAUUCCAGGCCUCUCACUUGAAGCUAUAAAAGUGUUUGUGUUGUAGUAGAGCAUUUCUGAUCUUUUCAUACCUCCAGUAUUCGAUGCCAAGAGGACAGCAAUUAUAGAGAGCUCUCCUUAUAAGGAAUAUUGUGCCUCUGUUGGCAUGGGCUGCUUGCUUUUAGAAACUAAAAUAAAACUAAUUUUGUUUGUUUUUUUACAAAGUGCAUGGGAGUGGGAUACUCUAUAGCUUUGAAUGCUCUUUAAGGUGUAACGUUCUGGGUUUAUUUUCACACAGGUUGGACAAUGUGUGGUGGUCUUUAGCCAGGCACCCAGCGGCCGUGCUCCUCUCAGUCCCAGCUUGAACUCUCGUCCAUCUCCAAUCAGUGCUACACCUCCAUCCCUGGCUCCUGAGACACGAGACUUCCGCUCCCACUCGCCUGUUAGAGCCCCUGAUGAAGCACCCUGUGUGAAUGGACGCUGGGGAACCCUACGGCCCCGAGCUCAGAGACAGACUACAUGUGGUUCCAGAGAAGGCAGUUUGUCCCCUGCACGGGGUGAUGGUCUGUCCCCUGUCCUUAAUGGUGGUAGCCUGUCACCAGCAGCCGCCCUAGACAGCCCCUUGCUGGUAGUGUCAUUGCCUGCUGCAGAGGGCUAUGACACCAAAGCCCCUAGCUCAGUUCCUAUUCGUAGGGGCUCACUGCCUGAGCAGAAGGAUUUGUGUCUGGGUGCAUCAGACUGCACGUGGGAGAAAAAACGGGAGUUGGAGUUAGACACUGCCAGUCGUAUACCAUCAGAGCAAACCAAUGGAGUUCACACUCCCCCACUCAUCACAACUACUCUGUCUGGGGCGGUUUCUCCAGGAGAACUCCGUAGAGGAUUAGAAGCUGUCCGGGCCUUAACUACAUCUCCCCCUUCUUCUUCAUCACAAGGUGGGGCCACCCCACUGAGCCCCCCUACACUGUCUUCACCCAGCUCACCCAGCAAUGGAGCUGAAGCUGCAGCUGCUCCCCGUGCAGCCCCCACCCAAGGUGAUGGACACUCCCUACCCCCUAUUGCCAGACGUCUAGGACAUCACCCGCCUCAAUCACUUAAUGUUGGCAAACCGCUAUAUCAAAGCAUGAACUGCAAACCCAUGCAGAUGUACGCCUUGAACAUUCAGGGAACUCGGGAAAAAGGUCGUGUAAAGUGGAAGUUGUUUAACAGCAGCUCAGUGGUGGGACCCCCAGAAACCAGCCUGCACACAGUUGUACAGGGCCGAGGGGAGCUCAUCAUAUUUGGGGGACUAAUGGACAAGAAACAAAAUGUCAAAUACUACCCCAAAACCAAUGCCUUGUACUUUGUUAGAGCCAAGAGAUAAUGAGAUGGUAUACCUGAACUGAGAGACCCUUAUAGAAUAAUAACCUGCCACCGUUGCCCCCUUUUUACCCAUUUUACACUACGUUGAUAUUAUCCAAUAUGUCAGAUUGCAGCCUUGUUUUUUCAGGUUUCCUCACUUACAGAUCCGAUUUAACCUCCUCUCUGCCUCAAAUGCCUAAAAAAUGAAUUGUUCCGUCCCCUGGCUGUGCUGGGGUUACUUCUGCUAAUCGGCAAUAUUUUAUUAGAUUAUCUUUCAAUAGGACCUUGAAAGAGUUGGCCUUAAUUUCAGUGUAAUCCUGCUUAAAACAAUAUAAUUGUAAUUAGAUUGUUACACGAGCAAUCAAACAAGUCUUCUUUUGGAGUUUUUAUUUUAAUGAGGCUUCUUAAUGCACAGUCAUAUCAUGUCGAAAGAAGCAACAGCCACAGAAUUCUAGAAUCUUUGUGCUCUGCAACCUCUCUGAAACUUCCAAUUGACCGAUUAAUUCCACUAUUGGCCAUAGAGAGAGAUUUGUGUUAUUUUGAUUGUAUUUCUUUUUCUAAGUUCCACCUACUGAGCAGUGAAUAGUGUAGGGAGAGUCCAAAGUAUCCCCACCAUUAUUUUGUGGUUUAGUCACCAGAUUGGGAGGAAUUGUCACAAAAAAUUCCAACUUUAGGGUCAAGUCCGCAGAUUUUUUUUUUUUUUCCAGCUGUUUGGCUUAACUUUUGCAGUUUCUUUGCCUCCCAGUUUAGUGAAUAAAUCCUUAAGAAAACAAGCCAUUUACACGUUGGCUUCAUUACCUUGCAGGGUAUUUACUCACUAGCAUCGGCCACAUAGAAAUAUCAGCGUUUGUGUUAUAACAAAUACAGGGUGUAAGUCCUUAGCUUGUGGCCGAUGCAGUUUAUCUGUUGACGACCGCCUUUCUUAAAGUGGAUAUAUUAGCAAUUCCUGAAGGCACUGCAUAGUGCUGCACUAGUAAUUAUUAUUCCUCAUUAAUUCGUGAUCUAGGUGCAUUUUGAGAUAUAUUCUCCAACCGUAAAUUUAGAAUACUCACUCUCAUAUCCUGGAUUAACGUCAUUAUCCUGCAGGCUUCACUUAUAUAAGGGGAAACGUAGCUUAAUUCAUGGGACCAGAUUUCUUGAUAUGUUUUCAGGUUACAUAGAGCUGUUUGUUUCUCCCAGUGCCUGAGUCAGCACACACGCUAACAGAUACAAUUAAAAUAUUAUGAAUUUAGUGUUUCACACGUCACUGUUUGUCUCAGUCUUUCACUUUUUCUUAAAAUUAAAAUAAACAAGAUCACAAAUGCUGAUUGCCUCAUUGAGCAGACCUCAAACUGCCGAUUCCAUCAGUCUUGAAGUGAAUGAGUUAAGUAUCAGCACAAGAAAGUAAAUCGUCAGUGCCUCUGGAUCGAGGAGCAGAUUCUUCAGAUCAAGGGAAGGUUCUUAUAAUGAUUGGACAGAUUCUCAGUGUGAACAAGUGUUUCUGCAUGAAGAGGUGACUGGACAGAGAUCGAGUAAAGAUGCAGGCUGUCACUGGCUCUGGAUAACUGAGCAGAUCAUGCAUGUAGCAGGGUGAAUGUUCAAUUAACCGCUUGUUUGCUUACAUAUAUAUUCAUUCUUUAUAUCAACGUACCGUAUGUAUGUAAAAAUCACAAAGUGUCACUUUUGGUCGUCAUACUACUUUCCAGUAGAUAAGCACAAGCUGUGCUCCUCCUCCUCUUGCUAUAACGUUAACGUAAUGUAACGUAAUUUAAAAGGGUCAAAUGUAAGACUUGCUCACCUCUCUUGCUACUUGUUUUUCUCUCCUUAAGUUUAAAGGGCACUCCAGACGUGGACCCCUUGCUCACGGUGCCUAGAGGGAUAUUGGCUAUGAUGAUAUCUUAAAAGGUUGAAACGAUCGUCUGGGGUUGCUGUAUCUCUCGUGCAGAGAGAACUUGCUGGCAUUUCGGAUUUGUACUGCCCGUACGUGUGGGACCAGUCUGAUUUGUUCUCUCUGUAAAGGCUAAAUGAGCUAAAACCAGCUUGACAUCUGAGCGGGGACCCACCAAAGGGCAGGCUAAUUGAGCUGUUGUCCUUUCUCACCUCUCUUGCUACUUGUUCCCCCACACCAUCAUGCCAUACCAUUUGAAAAAGACACCCCAGUUUAAUUUAGAAUUUUUAUUAAUCUCCUGCACUGUUACUAGAUUGCUAGACCUUGCAGGAGCCUUGUGUGUAUGAUUGAAGCUCGAUUUGCAAAGCAGGAGAUUAAAAAAACUUCUAAAGUAAGUUAUCAUAUGCUUGAAAAUAAAACCUUUAUUUUUUUUCAUUCAGGGUAUGUGUCACAGCCGGGGCGGUGUGGCUAGGGCAGCAUAAACAGAAACAAAUGCGAUUUAACUCCUAAAUGACAGAGAAUUGAGCAGAGGCAUGAUCUAGACACCAAAGCUGCCUGAUUAAGCUAAUGUUGUUUUGGUGACUAUAAUGUACCUGUAAAAUUAAGUGAAUAACCCUGUAAAUACAGUUGCCAUGAAAUAAGAAGAGUUUGAGUGUGGAGAUGAUAGCUUUUCUAAAUACAGAGAGCUACAUAUCUCCAAUCAUUUCAAAUUACAAAUAAAGGUGUUUUUUGGUGCUGUGGUCAAAGAGAUGGCCACUCCAGAACACUGAAUCUAGAAUGUAACCAAAAGUGUUUAAAUAAUUCCUAAAUAUAUUAACUUUGGUUUAGUGCAUGGAUUCAAACUGUGCAGCACAUAGCCUGGCUGAGAGUAUGCUAUUUAUUACUAGGGAGCUCUGGGAUACUUGUACACUUUACUCAUUAUUGUGAGUUAUUUGCUGUGGAGCUAUGUGACCUACACUCAUUCAAGUGGGAUAUUUAUACAUUGCACAUUCCUGUUCAUUACUGGGAGUCUUAUUGCUGUGGAGCUCUGUGGUAUAAACAUACACAAAACGGGGCACCGGUUAAAAAAACAAAUGCAAAGGGAUCUUGGUGGCCAUUAAACCCUUAAUGGGUUGGGGUUGGGGGUGGGAUAACUAUUAUUAUUAUUUUUCUCCUGAAUGUUGCACACUACAGGGCUGAUAUUUUUUCACACACAGCUUAUCGGCUUAUAGAAGUCAUACUGUGAAAACUGAAACCCACGUUGGAGUGUACGUAUAAAGUGAUGCUGAUCUGCAUUAUAAGAACAUUUGAGAAUUGUAGGGGAGAUUGAUUACUUAUUAU